AUGCCGUCUCCUCCUCCGCCGUACUCGCCAGGGACGCCUGACAACUCCGUACGAGCUUCGAUUGCCUCACCAAUGGUCGAGACCUUCACUGCCUCGCCACUUGCCGAAAGUUCAGCCAGAAACUCGCCGCAAAUCCCCAUGUCUCCAGCCUUUCCUCCUCCGCCAAACCAGUCCUCGAGAAACAGAGAUCGGUCGGCUUCUGGAUUGGCAGGCAAUAAGUCAUUCUUUAGCUUGUCCGGCCUGCGAGGGAAACAGCCUGUCGGUGUCGAGCCACAUACCCCUCAGGCGAGCAGCUCUCCACACGUUCCUUCCUUUGUCGAUGUUCGGCCACCAGCCGCGAAAAGAGCUGCUUCUACGGGACAUAUACAGUCAGGGACGUCUGCAUCGUCAUCAGCUGCUGGAUCGAUAGGUCGAGCAUCGCCAGAGAAUGGCUGGCAACCUGGUAUGCCUUUGCCAGGUCCUCCGCCGGGGCCACCACCGGCUGGCAUGCGAUCUCAGAGCUUGAAUAGCAGGAUUGUUACAACAGCGUCUGGCAGCGCAACACCAGAGCAUUCGUUUGAAGCUCCUCGACCACGAAGGGUUCCUGCUGCAGCUGUACCAAGUCUGGGGACAGUGCCACCAACACCAGCAAACUGGGUCGAAACAGACGCGCAACCCGCUGUUCAGGGAUCGUCGUCUCAACCGCAGGCACUUGAAGAGCCGAUACAACCAAACGAGGAAGACUAUGAGCCAUUGAGGAUUGAUACUGGUUCCCACAGAGACUCCAUGCUGGCAAGAAGACCUGCAAGACGAGACACAAGCUUGCAAGGAAUUCGGGAGCGACGCUCAAAGAGUCGAGCUGCCAAGGGAACUACAGAUGACGACUCACGGCCUGGUAAUCUCGUGUUCUCUCCCGACGGAGGCUCCAUUAGCCGCAGGCGCGAGCAUAUGCGGCAUGCGUCUGGAUACACCGAACCUUCUUCAGCGCCGAGUCCAGCUGCUAGCCAAGCCCCAGGUUCCGCAAAGGGUCCUGGAAGUGUUCUGACGCCGCCAUAUACUCCCGCUGUUGGCAAGCAAGCUGUAGGUCCUGGCAAGAAGCAGAUUGCAAACAUCCCUGGCAGCGCAUCGAGCGACAGGCCCAUCUCGCACCUGCUCCAUGCACCGAACGAGGAGACCAGCAUGCAAGCUCCACUAAGCCCAGGACGGCCUCCUUCUAGUGGAGGCGCGAAGCCAUCUUCCAAUCUCGACGCCUUCAGUCUUCAGGCCAUCGAGCGUCACCGCAGUUUCAUUGAGAAGGAGGCUUCUGCAUCGACCGAUGAAGAACGUCUUGAGCUCUUCGCCAACUUCAUGGUCCACGAAUCCCGACUCAGACGCGACCGCUAUCCUGCCGCUUACAAUUCCAUGGCCAGUGAUAUUCUCGACCUCACGCGGGAUAUGUGGCGAUCGUACAGCUCCAGAAACAGUCGACGAGCUGUCACUCCCAGCACGUCGAUGUCCUCCAUCGACCCAACAGUACCUUCGUGGGCGUCUGACGGCCAGCCCAGUUCAGCACAUGCCAAUAUGCCAAGUUCUGCAUCAUCAAUGGGAGACUUCACACCAGCGACUGAUUCUGCAUCCGUUGGUGAAGGAAGCGAAGGAUUUGACCGGGCAGAAGCUCGACAAUGGGCAGAAUCGUUCAAGCCGUCUUUGUCGCCCAUUCCCAGCAUGGCAGUCAGCACCGUUCCAGACGAAAACUCUUCUCGUGGAAGAACUCCAAGCAGGUGGUGGGAGGCGAGUAACUCCGAUGGUAAUUCCAUAGGCAAGCCGGACAGACUUGAGAAGACCAAACGCGAGACAAAGUACAUGGGCGUCAAUCCGGCUGCACUGCAAGCCACCAACCAGGAACCCGCUCGACAUUCUCCAGCAAGCAUUGGCGAUCAGAACUCUAUGUAUGGACCGGACGAGUACCCACCAGAAAAGGUUGGAUGGCAUGAAGAGAAUGAUUACGACACUCCAAUGGUGACUCCGAACCGUCGAGGCGAACAACGAGCUACUACACCGGGUAUCGAUCCACUCGACGUCUCCCGACUCGUCACUCUGCCUCCGCCGUAUCCUCGACAUCAUCCAGCUGUGAAUAAUAGCCAUCCUCAAUUGAACGACCUGCGAAGCGAGCAUCGCUUGCUGGCUGACCAUUCUGAUAUUCAAAAGAUUAAGGAUUCGUAUCUCGACGAGGACUUCUCUCUUUCGAGGGAGCAGAACGAUGCGAUGAAGCAGCGACGGGCGAAAUUGCGUGCGAAUAUCCAAAGCAAGAUUGCUGAUGGCAGCAUGUCUUUUGCGGAUGCAGCCAAAGCAGAGUCCAACUUUGAUGUUGAAGAAGCUGAACGAGGCAAAGCAACUGCACGAGCCAAUUUCGAUGUGUUUGAAGCGAAGGUCUCUCACCCUCUGAAUACGCUGCUCACCGAACGACUCGACCGCGCGAAUGCUUGCAUGAAGCAACUGCGAGCUGAACUCGAGAGUGGCCACGAAGCAGCCAACCCUAAUCAGGCGCAGGAAGAAGGCGAUGAGCAUCCUGAACGACUCGAGAAGCUGACGUUGUUGAAGUGGAUCUUUGAAUCGCGCGAGCAGCUGCACAAGGAGAUGUUUGAAUUGCAUGCCAUGAGGAGUGAGAAGUAUUCCGAGGUCAUCCUCACUCCAUAUCGCAUCUCCAAACUGCAAGCCAAGAUCGACGAAGCGACGACAUUCUUCAAGAAGGACAGCAUCGACCGACAGGUGACCUACGCGAAAGACUACCUCAAACGCCUCGAAGAACUGCAAACCAUGAUGGAGAACAACGUCUCCCGCGGCGUUGAGGACCAACUCUCAGCUUUCUGGGACAUUGCCCCGGGUCUCCUGGAGGUGAUCCAGCAAAUUCCACCACACAUGGCCGGCUUCGAGAUCCAGAUCCCACUGCAGGAGUACGAGGAGAACCCUUCAUAUCAGCACCACCCGCUACAGUACCUCUUCAGCUUGUUGAACCACGCUGAGAAGAGCGCAUAUCAAUUUAUCGAGUCGCAGAUCAACCUCCUCUGCUUGCUGCACGAAGUCCGCACCGCAACGACCAAAGCACGCCUUCGCCUCGUGGAGAUCGAGCAGAACGCCGCUUCCCCGAACGACACUGAGAUCCACGCGGAGAUGGUCCAGGCGAAGCGGGAGGCGGAGGAUCAUUUGACGCAGGAUUUGAAGGAGAAAGUUGGAGAGGUGGAGAGGCAGUGGCAAGAGGCGUUGGGAGAUUGGAUGGCGGGGUGUAAGGCAAGGGUGAGGGGUUGGUUGGAAGAGAGUGGUGGGUUGGAGGAUGGAUUGGAGUGA